AGAAUUUUAUUGACGUGUGUUCAUUUGUAUAAAAAACCUAUAGGUUAGACUUAGUUUUUACAUGUUAUGGACCUUGUUUUGUACAUAAUAUAAAUGAAAAGUAUGCUUGUAAUAUAUAAGUAAUUCAAACAGUACAAAAUAUUAAGAAAGCGGCUUCUAUUUGAAGCAAUCAAAAGUGAAUAUGAGGAAAGAAGAGGUACAAGAAAUUUUUCUAAAAAUUCUGAGGGAAGAAGAGGAUGUGUCUGUUGGAGUUGCUGCUAUUAAAACCUUAUUAACAGUCAUUGAAAAUUAUAAAGUGGCUACAGUAAGAGAGUUGGAUUUGAAUCUCCAAUUGGCAGUGGAUGCAAUGCGACAUUGUGAUCAGCCUGUGACUGCUAUUUCAUCUGGCUGUGAACUCUUUAUGAGGUUUAUAACAUUUGCUAAGUUAGAUGUUAAGUCAUUUGUAGAAUGUGAACAGAUAAUGUUGCAACGUGGGAGAGUGUUCCUGGAUACUCUAUUAGAAGCGAGGGGGAAGGUGGCAAAACAGGCAUUACCAUUUAUUUCUGACGGAUGUAAAAUUUUAACACACUCAAGGUCUAGAGUGGUGCUAGCUGCAAUGCUUGAAGCAGUGAAAGCAAAUAAAAGGUUCCAAGUGUUUGUAACUUCUUCAUGUCCUGAUAACAGUGGGGAAAGGAUGCAUAAAGAAUUAGAAGCGGCGGGUAUAGAAGCUACUCUAAUUUUGGACUCUGCUGUUGGUUAUAUUAUGGAACAAAUUGAUAUUGUAAUGAUUGGUGCGGAAGGAGUUACCGAGAGUGGUGGAAUUAUAAAUAAGAUCGGUACAUACUGCUUGGCAAUGUCAGCACUAGAACUUAAGAAGCCAGUAUACGUCCUUACAGAAAGUUUCAAAUUCUCUAGAAUAUACCCACUAAACCAACAAGACCUGCCUAAUGAAUUCAAGUAUCUCUCGAGCGUGAUUAAAUCGGGAAAUCUGUCAAAGCAGCAUCCUCUAGUAGAUUACACCCCGCCUGCAUACAUUACACUACUUUUCACUGAUCUGGGAAUUCUCACGCCAUCAGCUGUUAGUGACGAACUCAUUAAACUAUAUUUGUAAAUAUAAUAAAAUAAUUGUAUAUUA